AUGGGGCUGAGGAAGUAUGGAGGAGGUCGACGGAACAAAAUCCUAAAGGACUUCGUGAAGAACAAGACAGGAAGACAAGUUGAGAAACAUGCCACAAGUUUCUUCAUUAACUUCCUCCAAACGUAUCUGAAUUCAUGUGUACCCGCCAUAGCUUGUAAUAAUAAUAAUAAAACUGAUCUCAUGGCCACAUUGGCCUCUGUUCUGAAUCCAAACCCUAAAAAUAAUCAGAUGAAGGAAGAAGAAGAAGAAGGUAUUGGCCAACCACCAACCCUCAUUCCCUUCUCAAAUGGAGAGGCAGGUUGCAGCCGCGAUGUGAUCUCUGAGGUGGCGAACACUACAAGAUCGUGUGUUAAUGUUGAUGAUGAUGAUGAUGAAGGUGAAGUUGAUUUAGAGCUGCGCUUGGGUUGUAACAGAUACUAA